GUAGCGCGACGUGUCGUGGGACUUCGAGUUGGAUGCUCUACUGCCUCGUGCUCGGCGUCGGCGCUGCUCACGCAGACGAGCGCCUCCUCGUCGGCUUCGCCGCCGGCCCCUCCGGUGCUGUGCCAGGUUAUUGACAAAGUUUGUCCUGAAUUGCCUAUCAUGGUGAAAGGCUGGGUAUUCUCUACUCUGUUAGUGGUGUUUCUAGUGUUUGCUGCACCAUGCGGGGCAUUCUACUUGCCAGGUAGUUACAUGCACACAUAUCGGCAAAGCGAGGAAAUUGGGGCGAAGGUGAACUCCCUCACUUCCAUUGAGACAGAACUGCCCUUCAGCUACUACAGCCUCCCAUAUUGUCGUCCUAAAGAUGGCAUUAAGAAGAGUGCUGAAAACUUGGGGGAGCUUCUGAUGGGUGAUCAAAUUGAUAAUUCCCCAUACCGUUUCCGUGUAAAUAUCAAUGAAUCUCUGUAUCUGUGUACCACAAACCCACUUGAUGAGGCUGAUGUGAAGCUCCUCAAGCAGCGAAGCCGUGAUCUGUACCAGGUGAACAUGAUUCUUGACAAUCUUCCUGUGAGGAGGUUCACUGAGCAGAAUGGAAUGACCAUUCAAUGGACGGGAUAUCCAGUUGGUUAUAUUCCAGAAGGCACCAAUGAUGUCUAUAUCAUCAAUCACCUGAAAUUUAAGGUCUUGGUCCAUAAGUAUGAAGGAGGCAAAGUAAAGGUAGUUGGGACUGGGGAAGGAAUGGAAGUGAUCUCAGAGAUGGACAGUGAUGCCAACUCUGGCUUUGAGAUUGUGGGAUUUGAGGUGGUUCCAUGCAGUGUGAAGCGUGAUCCUGAAGCCAUGUCGAAGCUUAAGAUGUAUGAUAAAGUCGAUCCUGUGAACUGCCCUGUGGAGUUGGAGAAAUCUCAAUUGAUCAAGGAGAAAGAGCAGAUUACUUUUACAUAUGAGGUUGAAUUUGUAAACAGUGAUAUCAGAUGGCCAUCACGGUGGGAUGCCUACCUGAAGAUGGAGGGUUCGAAGAUUCACUGGUUCUCAAUCAUGAACUCAUUGAUGGUAAUUCUGUUCUUGGCUGGCAUUGUAUUUGUUAUAUUCUUGCGGACGGUGAGGAGGGACCUGACUAGGUAUGAAGAGUUGGAUAAAGAGGCCCAAGCUCAGAUGAAUGAGGAGCUCUCUGGUUGGAAGCUUGUCGUUGGAGAUGUCUUCAGAGAGCCAAUCUCAUCAAAGCUGCUCUGUGUCAUGAUCGGAGAUGGGGUUCAGAUUCUGGGCAUGGCAAUUGUCACCAUUUUCUUUGCUGCGUUUGGCUUCAUGUCUCCUGCAUCAAGAGGAAUGCUGUUGACAGGGAUGAUAGUCCUUUAUAUGUUACUUGGAAUUGUGGCUGGAUAUGCUGCCGUCAGGCUUUGGAGGACUUUAAAAGGAACAUCUGAGGGAUGGAGGUCUGUUUCCUGGUCAACCGCUUGUUUCUUCCCCGGCAUUGUCUUCAUUGUCCUCACCGUGUUAAACUUCAUGCUGUGGACAAGAAAUAGUACUGGAGCCCUUCCCAUCUCACUUUUCUUUGGUCUUUUGUCCUUAUGGUUCUGUGUCUCCGUGCCACUUACCCUUUUAGGUGGUUUCUUUGGCACAAGGGCUGAGCCAAUAGAAUUCCCUGUUCGAACAAAUCAGAUACCAAGAGAAAUCCCUGCAAAGAAGUACUCAUGGCUCUUCAUACUUGGUGCUGGAACUCUACCAUUUGGAACACUCUUCAUAGAGCUGUUCUUCAUUCUUUCUAGUAUUUGGCUAGGAAGGUUCUAUUAUGUGUUCGGAUUCCUCCUUGUUGUGCUCCUUUUGCUGGUUGUGGUCUGUGCUGAGGUAUCAGUUGUUCUUACCUACAUGCAUCUCUGUGCGGAGGAUUGGAGGUGGUGGUGGAAAGCUUUCUUUGCCUCCGGAACAGUGGCCCUUUAUGUUUUCCUUUACUCUAUCAACUACUUGGUGUUUGAUCUCAGAAGCUUGAGUGGGCCAGUUUCUGCUAUGCUCUACAUUGGAUACUCUUUCAUCGUCUCUUUUGCCAUUAUGCUAGCUACUGGUACCGUUGGGUUCCUAACAUCGUUCUCUUUUGUCCACUACCUUUUCUCAUCAGUCAAAAUUGAUUGAAGACCUUAUAUUGUGGAAUCUCCAAGGAUGUCUCUACUCAAAAUGACCUGCAAGCUCAAAUGGUUUGAUCAUUUCAUCUUGAGGCCUUUUGCAGACUUGUGCUGUUUGUAAUGUAGCUUAUCACUGAGACUAUUGUACCUGUUAUGAACAGUAUAUUUCAGCAUAUACGCUUUUAAGCUUGUUGCUCCCUUAUUUGCUA